AUGGUGAGUCACGGUGGCAGGACCACGGUAGCCAAGUACCUCUUCACGCGGCUGCGCCAGCAGGGCGUGCACGCCAUCCACGGCGUGCCCGGCGACUUCACGCUCAGGGCGCUCGACUACAUCGCGCCGGCCGGGGUGAAAUGGGUGGGCACCUGCAACGAGCUGAGCGCGGGGUACGCCGCGGACGGGUACGCGCGGGUGCGCGGUCUCGGGGCGCUGCUGACGACGUACGGCGUGGGGGAGCUGAGCGCCAUCAACGCCGUCGCGGGCAGCUUCAGCGAACACGUCCCCGUGGUGUCGAUCGUGGGGACCCCCCAGCGCCGGCUGCAGGACCAGAGGAGGAACGUCCACCACACCCUCGGCGACGGGCGGCCCAGGGUCUUCGCCGAGAUGGCCAGGCACGUCACCGUCGCGCAGGCGAACCUUGUCGACGAAGCCACCGCACCUGCGCAGAUUGAUCGGACCAUCCUCGCCGCGCUGAGGGAGAGCAGGCCCGCGUACAUCGAGCUUCCGGCGGACAUGGCGUCCAAGGAAGUGGUCGACGGGGAGAGACUGCUCGAGGAGUCACUGUCCACGAAAGACGUGACCGCUGGCGACGACACCGACGAGUUGGAGAAGAAGAAUAAUCGCGAGAGGAAACUCGUCGACCAUCUCUUGCAAAAGAUCUACGGCGCCAAACAGCCCCUGGUGCUGGUCGACAGCGGCGGCGGCGUGCGACAACUGCGCGGUGCGAUCAACGCUUUUGUCCACGCCUCGGGGAUCCCCACGCUGUGCAUGCCCUCGGGCAACGGCAUGGUCGAGCACGCCCUCCCAAACUACUACGGCGUCCACUCGGGCCCCGUCGGGCAGAUCGACACGAUGCCGUACGUGCGCGACGCGGACCUGGUGAUCGCCUUUGGGCCCAUGUUCUCCGACACGCAGACGCUGUCGUGGAAGGUCGUCCCAGAGGCCGACAGGACGAUUACGCUGGAGAAGAACUCGAUCCACGAUCCUACCGGUCCCAGGCCAAUCACGGACGCCGGGGCCAAGAAGGGAUCCAUCAAUCUCGAACGAUUCCUCGCCCGGCUGACCCGCCAAAUUGAUCGCGCGGCCGUUGCGUCGCCCGACGUCACGUCUCUGGGGGAUUUCCGCACAAUCCAGCCGCCAGCCUAUGCGGGUGCGGGUGUUGACCUCGACGCCCCCAUCGACCAAACGUCCUUCUACCUCCGGCUCAGCGCGUACCUUCGACCGCACGACAUCGUGGUGCUGGGAAACGCGACACCGAUCCUCGGUGGUCGGGAUCUCGUUCUGCCCAGGGGGGCCCAAACCAUCGCGUCGGGCCAGUGGUUCUCGAUCGGACACAUGCUGCCACUGACCAUGGGUGUGAGUUUGGCUCGACAGCAUACACAUCAUCAACAUGGUUUUCAUCACCAACGGGAUGCUCACGGAAAUCCAACACGAACAACACAGUCACCGGUCCCCCGCGGCCGCACGAUCCUCCUCGACGGCGACGGCGGCUUCCAAGUCACAGUGCAGGAACUGGGCACCAUGAUCCGCUACAGGAUCCCCGCAACCAUCUUCCUGGUCAACAACGCCGGGUACGCGUACGAGCGCCAGAUCCACGGCAUGCAUGAGGACUACAACGACCUGGCGCCGUGGCGGUACGGGGAGUUGGCACGCGCUUUUGGCGCGAGCGACGAACGGGAACAGCUCUCCAACUCCAACUCCAAGACGGUGGUGCGGUCACGUUCGUCAUCUGAUGGGCCUAUGGACGACAGGGAUGGCGAUGACUCCGUUGAAAAUGACGAGAGUGAUUCCUACCCCGUGCGCACCUACGAGGUCUCGACCUGGCGCCACCUCGACGAGUUACUCGCCGACAAGGCCUUUUGUCGAGGUCGAGGCCUGCACUUUGUCGACGUGCGGAUGGGCAAGUUUGACGUGCCCGAGAAAUUCAAGGUCGUGUUCCAGCGCGCGGGGGAGUCGCUGGGCUAG